UUCCAAUGCAGGUGUCACCGUUGAAGCACACAUUUGAGAAACUUGGAGGAGCGUAGCAUCGUCGUCAUCGUAUCGUUCUCAUUCAAAAACCAAAGAACAGAAAUUAGCAUACGCGUGUGUCUUACUUUGUCAGCCUUAUUUAGUGUGUACGUGCGUGUGUGUGGAGCGUUUGCGUUUGUUGUCAAACAUCAUUUGAGUUCGAGAGCUCCAUCGAAUUACAUAUACAUACAUAUAGAAUUUACUCAAUUCGUACAACACUUCAUUUCACUUUCAAAAACGGGUGCAAAAUGUUUGAUCCCAUUUCGGAUACGCCGCUCGUAUUGGCGUAUGUGUUUAUGUCGCUGCUGGUGCUGAUCGUUUGCUUUAUUUUGGUCAAUGUGGUGCACAAGUUAUAUGGACCCAUGGGCGAGGAGGGCGUGCAACCACCCACAACUUCAACAUCAGCGGCAGCACCAUUAACGACGACCACAACCAGUGUGGAAUUGAACGCCUUGAAAACCGGUUAGACAAUCGGCUAGCAGCUGGGCAUCGCAUGAAUCUCAAACAGCAAAAUAUUAAAAACAACAAAAAAAAAAAAUACAAUAAAAAAAGCUA